AUAUCUUUACCUUCUCUCGAUUAAAGUUGGAUAAUUACGGAUAUGUACAUAUUUUUCUUCAUUUUAAUCGCGAUGAAAAGGAGAAUAUUGGGCGGAGGGGGCAGGGGAGAAAGAUCGAAAGGGACGACGGACCUUUGUCGCGUGGCGUGGCGUCGUGUACAUAUCGAGAAUGACUCAUCCCUUCCUGCUCGCGGAAAGAAUAUAUCGCAAGGUUAAAAAUGAUGGUUUUAUCGACACGAUAUUUCUCGCUCGUCAUCGUCAUCGUCAUCGUCAUGAACAAGAGCGCUCGUCCGCUCUCUCUCGUAGCGCUCGUUCGCUCUCUCUCUCAUAGCGCUCAUUCGCUUUACGCGAUUGUUUAUGCGUACUCGAGUUCGGGGCGCAAUUACGCACACGACUUUCUGCUCUCUAUCGCUUUCGUGGCAGGGCAAAACUUUUCGAGGAUGAACAAUGAAGUAUAUCAGACACGUUUAAUUAAUAUUCUUCAGUGAACGAAGAUGAAUAGUGAGCAGCAUGCAUUGCCAGCGACUACGCAGGCACAACAAGAGGAUGUAAACGCGGGUCAAAGUGGUCGUCCAUCAUACCCAGGUGGUUUGGCUACUGCGACCGCGAGUCUUGGCAAUGUAGGGAGUACCCCUCAUUCAUCCACGGACCUGCGUACUGUAGGUUCUGCCGUAGCGUUAGCCUCCUCGGUAGCUAAGUAUUGGGUCCUCAAUUUUCACGGAUUGCUUCCUGGAACGCUACCUCAGGUCUCGGUCUAUCAUCCCCCCCACAACUCCUCGCAUAGGAGUGGUGGCAGUGGGGAGGCAUCAUCUUCCAAAGAGUCAGCCUCUUCAUUGAAUCAGGAAAUGGCGUUGACUUCCAGCUCGCAUCAUCAACAACAAUCUACAGCCGCACAUCAUCAUCAUCAGUCAUCGGUUAACAGCAGCAGCCAUCACAGUUCUCUACAAUCGAAUCCGCAGAUUCCUGUAUCUCUUCCCGGCCUUAACUUAGACGGCGCACAUAUACCGGCGAGCGUUAGUCACCUGCAGGCUGCGCAUGCACAAAUACAACAGCAAAUGCAGGCACAAGCACAGCAGCAGCUGCACCAGCAGCAGCAAGCGCAGUCGUCGCAGCAGCAACAGCAGCAGCAGCAGCAACAAUCCCAUCACCAGAUGUCAAAUCAUCAAAACGCCCAAAACAACGGACCAACAGGGCACAGCCAAAACGCUCAGCGAGACGACAACAAAGUCAAGGACGAGGGCGGUAGCUGCACCACCGAGCGCUGCAGCGAUAAUCAGGUUCACUGUCAAGUUCAAUGCGAUCUGCAAUUACAACCACCACAAGAUCUUCAACAGAGCUUGAUGCAACAGCAGCAGCAGCAGCAGCAGCAGUCGCAGAUUGGGGUCAAUAUCAGCGGAAAUUCCACUACCGAGGGGGGAAGUCAAAACAAUUCUGAAAAACCCGAGAAGGAAAAGGAAUUGCGGCAACUGAAUAUGACACAAUUUCAAGUUCCUGACUUAAAGCCAGGAGGACACAUGAUGGAUGUGAGAACGGCGGAUGGAUCGGUUGUGAAAAUCAGCGCGGGUAACGAGCAGGAUUUGGCGAAAACUCUCGGCGUCGAAAUGGUACAAAAUAUGUACAAGGUAAAUGUUGAAGAUAUUAAUCAACUCCUGGCUUAUCACGAAGUAUUUGGCAAGCUACAAAGCGAAAUUGCGGCUGGAACGACUCUAGUGGGUAGCACUGUUCCUACGCAGACAGUUACCACGAUACAGAAUGGUACUCCAAUCGUGCAACAAGUUCCCCUGAACAAAUUUGAUAUAAAGUCGAGUGACGGCGAGGCGACUCCCGGUCCGAGCGCCUCGCCCGUGUCGGUUGGCAGUCACGCUUGCGAGAUAUGCGGAAAGAUCUUUCAAUUUCGUUAUCAGCUCAUCGUGCAUCGCAGAUAUCAUACCGAGAGGAAGCCGUUUACGUGUCAGGUAUGCGGUAAAGCGUUCUCAAACGCGAAUGAUUUAACGCGUCACGGCAAGUGCCAUUUGGGUGGAUCCAUGUUUACUUGCACAGUCUGCUUUCAUGUUUUUGCGAAUGCACCUUCGCUGGAACGCCAUAUGAAGAGACACGCCACCGACAAACCGUACAAUUGUACAGUGUGUGGUAAGAGUUUUGCGCGUAAAGAGCAUUUGGAUAACCAUACAAGAUGUCACACCGGCGAGACACCAUACAGAUGCCAAUAUUGUUCGAAGACAUUUACCCGAAAAGAACACAUGGUAAAUCAUGUUCGCAAACACACUGGUGAGACUCCACAUCGAUGUGAUAUUUGCAAGAAGAGCUUUACUCGCAAAGAACACUUUAUGAAUCAUGUUAUGUGGCACACAGGAGAAACCCCUCAUCAUUGCCAAGCCUGCGGCAAGAAGUAUACACGUAAAGAGCAUCUCGCUAACCAUAUGCGCUCGCACACGAAUGACACGCCGUUCCGUUGUGAAAUAUGCGGUAAGUCGUUUACGAGGAAGGAGCACUUCACGAACCACAUUAUGUGGCACACGGGUGAGACGCCGCAUCGCUGCGACUUCUGCUCGAAGACGUUCACGCGAAAGGAGCAUCUCCUGAACCACGUUCGCCAGCACACGGGUGAGUCUCCACACCGAUGCGGCUUCUGCUCCAAAUCGUUCACCAGAAAGGAACACCUUGUUAACCACAUCCGCCAACACACAGGGGAGACGCCCUUCCGCUGUUCAUACUGUCCGAAAGCAUUUACGCGGAAGGAUCACCUGGUGAACCACGUCAGGCAGCACACGGGUGAGUCACCGCACAAGUGCCAGUAUUGCACCAAAUCCUUCACGCGGAAGGAACAUUUGACCAAUCACGUGCGUCAACAUACAGGCGAAUCGCCACACCGAUGCCACUUCUGCUCCAAGUCAUUUACUCGUAAGGAGCAUUUGACGAAUCAUGUGCGCAUCCACACUGGCGAAUCUCCACAUAGGUGUGAGUUCUGCCAGAGGACGUUCACUAGGAAAGAACACCUAAAUAAUCAUCUCCGUCAACAUACCGGAGAUUCCUCACAUUGUUGCAACGUGUGCUCUAAACCAUUCACAAGAAAGGAACAUCUCGUGAAUCAUAUGCGUUGCCAUACCGGUGAACGUCCAUUUGUGUGCACAGAAUGUGGCAAGAGUUUCCCACUGAAAGGCAAUCUUCUCUUCCAUAUGCGCUCGCACAACAAGGGCAGCAACGCCGAGAGGCCGUUCCGCUGCGAUCUGUGUCCCAAAGAUUUCAUGUGCAAAGGACACUUGGUCUCACAUCGGCGCUCGCACUCAGACGAGCGGCCACACAGUUGCCCGGAUUGCGGCAAGACCUUCGUUGAGAAAGGCAAUAUGUUGCGACAUUUGCGCAAGCACGCGGCUGAAGGACCGCCGACGCAGGUUAGCACGCCGUCAGCGAUACCGCAAACCGGUGUUUUGCCGAUACCGACAGCGGCGGCAGUCCUGGUCGGACACCCGUUGGCGCCACCGGCGCCGCCCGUCGUCCCACAACAUACGGUGGUUGUGCCGACCCCGCCCGGCGUCUUGGCAUCGUAUUAGAUCGUGAUCUAAAUGAAAGGAAGAAGCAAGAGGCAGAAAAUCUUCAAAAUGCUAUAGAAGAUUUUUCCAAGGAUGGAAUAAGACAAAAACAGUAACAAAAACAAAGAGAAAUAGAAAAAAAAAUAAGGAAUCUGAAAGAAAGCUCUGAUAUAUGCUGUGUGCGUAUAUUUAAUAUAUACGAUUGUGUCGAAGAAGUGUAAAGAUUGUGCGCCAUUCGUUGUUUCCUUAAGGAAACUUAAAGUGGAAUUAUUAAUAUAUGGGAUUAUUAAUAUACACCAUAUAUUUGAAUCAUCAUGUCUUGCAUACUGCGCAAUCCAUUUGCGAUUCUGCGACAGUUUAUAUAUACCAUUUUUAUUUCAUAGAAUUUGCAGUGAACUUUAUUCGGGACGAUAUAAAGCGAUCGUUCAGUGAUAUGCGCAUAAAACAUAUAUUGGAAUAUUAACGCACGAUUGCUUGACUUGCAGCAACGGUGGUGUAUUAUCCAAAGUUUUUGGUUUUGCUUCAUUUAUAUGCUUAUAUACUUGAUAAGUAUAUGUCGUUUGUGGUAACGAACGUGUAGGCGUGUAUUCGUUUCAAUUUUGUGCAAAAGAAGCAUCAGAGUAUGUCGGAACUUUGCGACUAUGUGAUGUAAUAAUUAAAUAUGUAUAUGUAAUAGUUCUUCUUCGUUAAUAUUGUACUUUAGUAAUUUUCCGUAAUUUUAACAAAAAAGGCACUAAUUAUAUAAGGUCGAUGGCGAAUGUCUCGGACUAUUACGUUUGUAUGUUAUUUUCAUAUGAGAAGAGUGUAUCCGUAUGAAUUCGCCAGUUAGUGAAGUUUUCGGGAAUUGUGGUGGCACAUAUAGUACUGUCAGAAAAAAUAUAUUCGCGAAUAACGACUUUGAGAGAGAAUAUGUAUUGUAUAUAAAUAUAUAUGUAUAUAAGCAUUAGCAUAUAUAAUAUAUAUUAUGUUAUAUAUGUUAAUAUAUAUAUAUUAGUAUUAGCAUAUAUAAUAAUUUUCUAUAUAUAUAUCAGCAUAUAUAAUAUAUACUAAUACUACACACACAUAUAUUAAUAAUAUAUAUUACUAAUAUUUUUCUGUGAAAACUAUAUGUUGGUAAAUCGUUAUUUGCAAAUACGUUUUAUCCAACAAUGGAAUACAGAUAAUUUUUUAAACGCGAAUCAAAAAAGUAAAGUUUAUUUUUAAACAGUAAAGAUUAAUUUUGAUAAUUAUAAUCACACUUUGACUAUGAUUAUUAUUUGCACAUAAUAAUUACUAACUCUAUAACUUUUUUGUAUAAAAGUUUAUCGUUAAAAUUAUUACUUUGAUGAUAAUUGCACAAUUUUAUUGGAUCCAGAGAUAUUUCAAUAAGUUAAAGUGGGUCCAAUGUUUGCAAACAGAGAAAUGCCAUACUUUUGUUAUAUAAAAAAAGAUUGUUCAUAAAA